ACUGCUUCAAAUAUUCACAGAACCAAGUAAAACCGUUCGUACACAAAAUGAUAGCUUCCAAAUCUCAGAUUAAUGGUUACAGUUCUGUCGUGACAAUUUGAAUUUGGUUAUAACAAGGUGAUUACAAAUUAUUUGUACAAAUGGCACAAAACGUAUCCGCUGACUUUCUAAACUACUGCAGAAGUUUUGAAAAUGAACUUGAAGACGCCGAACGCGCAACUUACAUAACUUUAGGUCAAAUAACACAGGAGGACAAUUUAUACCGCCAUAGUAAUAAUUCUCCCCCAAGUGACUAUCCGUCGUGUGCUUACGCCUUGCCGGCUGAACGUAGUCCGAGCGAAGAGGAUGGCAAAGAAUUUCUACAUCAUCACGAAUUUUAUGGCGGGAUGCGACCGGUACGAUGCGCAGCAAAUGUGCGUGAACGAAAACGCAUGCUGAGUAUUAACUCCGGAUUUGAAGAGCUGAGAUUGCAUGUACCAACAUUUCCUUACGAGAAAAGACUAUCAAAAAUAGACACAUUACGUUUGGCAAUAUCGUACAUAGCUCUGCUGCGUGACAUGUUGGCGUCCAAAGUUGAUCCAGUGGAAUACGUGGAACAUUGCGUCAAAGCUGACGUGAAAACAACAUGGAACACAAGUGAUCUGACGGCGCGUUUGUCUUGGGUGAAAUGGGAGAACCUCGGCGUUCGUCGGAAGCCAGUGCUAAAUAUGGCUCCCGGUGGACAGGAAUAACUACAAAUAACUACUGUAAAUUGAAAGGAAACUAGUGCUAAAUACUGGUAUCACGAAAACUGGGAACCUUGCCGUUCGUCGAAAACCAAUGCUAAAGUGAUAUGCUACGUCAGCAGUGGUUUUCCACAAGUAGAGAAUGGACAGACAUGCAGCAUUCUAAGGUAGAAAUGCACUGUGGCUAAAUGUUGCAAGAACUGUGAGACCAACUCCCACCCCUAUUUCGUUCAUAAGUAGAUAUACCAAUGCUGCAAAUGGCUUUUAUUGUCGGACAGCGCAGGGCUAUUGCAGGACAAAACAGCGUAGGAUACACGUUUAAAGUUCAAUCUCUUUGAAACAUUUUGUAUCACACCGCUGUAAUCUUGGCGUUUUUUUCUAGGAAGAUAUUGUAUGCUUUAUAAUACAAAGUAUCUUUCUUAUGUCAUACGUUUCGUACAGAAAGUUCCAUAUACAUGUAUAUUACGCACUGUUUUGUAAAAUACCUUCCUGAAGGAAUUAACAUGUCUGUCACAAAAAGACUUAAAUACGUUACGUCAUGCUCAUUGUAGAGUAACGUUUUGUUACGUCAAACAUCAUAAAAAUGAUGCUAUGUUAUUAAUUUUUAAUUUCCUCAUGUUUAUGAACUUGAAUAACUACAUGCGCGACAAUUAAGCAGAUUUAGAAAAAGUUAUUGAUUCACAUGUACGUUUCUAAAUAUCAACAGAACAAACAGUAAUGUUGAUUAUGAAAACUAAUUCAGAGCCAGAAUGAACGCCUAUAAAAUUUAGGAAGUGAAUACAAGUAAUAUGUUGUAGCAGAAUUUUUAUCAUCUACAACAACCUGAAACAAAGGCAUCUGUCGUAGUUUUAGGAAAUGAAAUCUCGCGAGUUGUGUGUACUUUACAAACGAUUGUCAUAUAAGUCGCAGUUUCUUUUAUAUGCAACCAUAUUUGUAAAAUUACUCCGUGGUCUUCCCUGAACCCCACCAACAUGGGGUUGAUGUCCUCCCGUACUCCAACUUGUGCCCACACCAAAUUUUCGCCAUGUUUUCUGGAGCCGAGCCUGAAAGUCAAGGAAAUCGACAUACGAGCUUACAUACGUUAGUCUUCAUUACACAAAGCCUGUGCGGUUAGCUCUGUAGAACGGGUAAACUAUUUAUUUUACAGCCAUACCGUAUGCCAUAAGCCAGACGAAUAAUUAUUCUCUCUGGUUACCAUAAGUACACUUUUAGUAUACAAAAUAAAGUAAAAGUCACUUAUGAAUACUAUCAAUAUUGUGUAUUUACACAACUCUUGAUAUAAAUCGCCGCUCUAUAAUAUACUGUUACUGAGGGCUAAUCUCUGUCAACAGUCUAAACUGUUGCCCGACGUCCGAAGGACCGGCAAGCUAUGUAUUAUUACAUGAAGCAAGAAUCUAAUUUUCACAGUUUUAGUUUCAGAUUUAAGACUUAUUAGCCCAAUAAACACAAUAAAUAUCGACCGGUCAUAAAGCACAGACUACGUACCGGCGAUUUACAGAAUUUUUAAUAAUAUAUAACAAUACAAAUCAUUACAUGACCCAUUAUAUAGAUGACCGGCCAAUAAGUGUAUACUAUUGACCAGUCUAUAGUUCAACACUAUAUUGUGUCUGUCUAAAGUAAAUCUUUAAGACAAAAAAAAGGAAGAUAUAUUUGUUACGUCAUGAAAAAAUACUUUUAUUGAAUGGCUGAGGAUCUCAGGCAGCGACUAUUGGCCGACUAGCCAUUCAAUAAAUGCACGCUCAGUAAGGUUGGUUUUAUUUCAUAAUUUAUUGUGUUAUAAACACACUGUACCCCGUGUUUCAUGUUAUUUAUAUUUUACAUGUCUGUUUUGACUAAUAAAAAAUAUUUAUUAAUUUCAGUUUUUCCUUACAUAAAUAAGAUAAAAGCUAAGUUUAUCGAGACCUUUGAUUUCCCUGCAUAAGAAAUCUUCCAAUGGCUUUCUUUAUUGUUUAAAAAUCAGGUCACGUUAUUGAAAGAUUAUGUCACGUGGUUAAAGUCACGGAAUCCAAAUAGCUAUAUUUCCUAUGACCAUUAACAGGUGUUUUUGAAAGAAUUCCCAAUUUCUUGAAAGCAAUUAUGUCACAAUGUCAAAUCAAGUAAACUGUAUAUAAAAUACAUUAAAUUCCUAUUAAUUAAUUAAAUUGAAUUCGAGCGUGAAAUAGUGUAAGGGCCUACCAUAUAUGUAUUUGUGCCUUGUCCGUUGCUAGCACCACAAUGCUUAUCCAGUUUC